GCGCGCAGAGCUCCAGACGCAGAUUGCAGUCCCAGCCAGCAGUCUCCGGUUCCCGUCGGAGCGCAGAGAAGCGGAGCAGCGCGAUCCCGACCCCCGGCCAGGACCAGCCUCCCCCGGAGCCUCCCCGACGCAGAGCGCAGCCUCCCCGACGCAGAGCGCCGAACCCCGGCAGCGGACAGCCAGCGGCGCCAUGGCCAAGAGCACGGCGAUCGGCAUCGACCUGGGCACCACCUACUCGUGCGUGGGCGUGUUCCAGCACGGCAAGGUGGAGAUCAUCGCCAACGACCAGGGCAACCGCACGACCCCCAGCUACGUGGCCUUCACCGACACCGAGCGGCUCAUCGGCGACGCGGCCAAGAACCAGGUGGCGCUGAACCCGCAGAACACCGUGUUCGACGCGAAGCGGCUGAUCGGCCGCAAGUUCGGCGACGCGGUGGUGCAGUCGGACAUGAAGCACUGGCCCUUCCAGGUGGUGAGCGACGGCGACAAGCCCAAGGUGCAGGUGAGCUACAAGGGCGAGACGCGGGCCUUCUACCCCGAGGAGAUCUCGUCCAUGGUGCUGACGAAGAUGAAGGAGAUCGCCGAGGCAUACCUGGGCCACCCGGUGACCAACGCGGUGAUCACGGUGCCCGCCUACUUCAACGACUCGCAGCGGCAGGCCACGAAGGACGCGGGCGUGAUCGCGGGCCUGAACGUGCUGCGCAUCAUCAACGAGCCCACGGCGGCCGCCAUCGCCUACGGCCUGGACCGGUCCGGCAAGGGGGAGCGCAACGUGCUCAUCUUCGACCUGGGCGGCGGCACGUUCGACGUGUCCAUCCUGACGAUCGACGACGGCAUCUUCGAGGUGAAGGCCACGGCGGGCGACACGCACCUGGGCGGGGAGGACUUCGACAACCGGCUGGUGAGCCACUUCGUGGAGGAGUUCAAGAGGAAGCACAAGAAGGACAUCAGCCAGAACAAGCGCGCCGUGCGGCGCCUGCGCACGGCCUGCGAGCGCGCCAAGAGGACCCUGUCGUCCAGCACGCAGGCCAGCCUGGAGAUCGACUCCCUGUUCGAGGGCAUCGACUUCUACACGUCCAUCACGCGGGCGCGCUUCGAGGAGCUGUGCUCGGACCUGUUCCGCGGCACGCUGGAGCCCGUGGAGAAGGCGCUGCGCGACGCCAAGCUGGACAAGGCGCAGAUCCACGACCUGGUGCUGGUGGGCGGCUCCACGCGCAUCCCCAAGGUGCAGAAGCUGCUGCAGGACUUCUUCAACGGGCGCGACCUCAACAAGAGCAUCAACCCGGACGAGGCGGUGGCCUACGGGGCGGCGGUGCAGGCGGCCAUCCUGAUGGGGGACAAGUCUGAGAACGUGCAGGACCUGCUGCUGCUGGACGUGGCGCCGCUGUCGCUGGGCCUGGAGACGGCGGGCGGCGUGAUGACGGCGCUCAUCAAGCGCAACUCCACCAUCCCCACCAAGCAGACGCAGACCUUCACCACCUACUCGGACAACCAGCCCGGGGUGCUGAUCCAGGUCUAUGAGGGCGAGAGGGCCAUGACGCGCGACAACAACCUGCUGGGGCGCUUCGAGCUCAGCGGCAUCCCGCCGGCGCCCCGGGGCGUGCCCCAGAUCGAGGUGACCUUCGACAUCGACGCCAACGGCAUCCUGAACGUCACGGCCACCGACAAGAGCACGGGCAAGGCCAACAAGAUCACCAUCACCAACGACAAGGGCCGGCUGAGCAAGGAGGAGAUCGAGCGCAUGGUGCAGGAGGCCGAGAGGUACAAGGCGGAGGACGAGGUGCAGCGGGAGAGGGUGGCGGCCAAGAACGCGCUCGAGUCCUACGCCUUCAACAUGAAGAGCGCCGUGGAGGACGAGGGCCUCAAGGGCAAGAUCAGCGAGGCCGACAAGAAGAAGGUGCUGGACAAGUGCCAGGAGGUCAUCUCCUGGCUGGACGCCAACACGCUGGCCGAGAAGGAGGAGUUCGUGCACAAGCGUGAGGAGCUGGAGAAGGUGUGCAGCCCCAUCAUCAGCGGGCUGUACCAGCAGGGUGCGGGUGCCCCCGGGGCUGGGGGCUUCGGGGCCCAGGCGCCCAAGGGCAGCUCUGGGUCAGGGCCCACCAUCGAGGAGGUGGAUUAGAGGCCCUUCCUUGCCCUCCUGGGGUCAUCUAGGACACGCACUGGUGGCCCUUGAGGACUGCCCUUGCACUGGGUAUUGUCAGGGUUGGUCCCUGAGUUCAUGCUGAAGUUACAGCCUUUCAUAAGGUAAUUGAGUUGACUGUUAAAUUUUGUAUGUUUAUAUUCUUUAUAUGCACAUUAACAUUGCCAGCUUCUCUGUGUACAGUAUUUUAUUCUUAACAGAGUAAGGGGAUUUUGUUCGUACACCUAGUGAUGGGUAAAAUUUAAAGAAUUUUUUAGUUUUGAGAUCCAGUGGCCUGGGAGGACACCGUCUUGCUGCUCAGGGACCCAUGAGAGUCUCAGGGUCUGGUCCCAAUACUGAGCAGCUGGAGUUGAUAUUCUCUUCCUUACACUGCAGACAUCUUUGAGACAAACUGGCUUUCAGAAGUCCUUUGCACUAUGUAUUGCCUAACUUUAGUCUUCUGUACUUAAAACUUUUAUUAUGUGCUUGUCCUGAUUAUAGUUUUGUGGUAUAACUCAUACAUUCUUUGCAUUAAUCCAAGUACUGUAAAGAUGGCAUUUUCCUGCCACCAGAGAAAUCAACACUGCCACCCUGUGUAGAUUUUCUUAUUUGCAACAUUACAAAGUUAGAAAAAUUUUUUUAUAACUUAACUAUUCAAAAUAAACUGUUACAACUA